AUGAGCAAAAAAAUAAAAAAUACUUAACCUCUACCAAAAGUGAAUUGGAAGGAUACUGAUAUGGAAGAAGAACUUACUAUCAAAAUACCUCAUGCUAAUUUAAUUAAUAAGAUCAUUGAUCCAAGAUCAAGUCCUUAAGAAUUCUUUGUCCCAAUAGUAUAUAUUAUUUUAUUCUAAGAGAUUUCCAGCUCAAUAACAUAUGAAAGAUGCUGAUGGCUUUUUCAUACCUUUACCAAAAGAGGAUCCAAAAAAAAAACUAUAACAAUAACAUCAAUUUCAAAAUAAAAGGUAUUAAAUUCAAUUACAGGAUUUAAUAUCUAUUGAUGAUUUGGGUCAAGGUUCAAGUGGAAAAGUAAUUAAAGCAUUACAUAGACCUACUAAUUUGAUUGUUGCACUUAAAGUAUUCAUAGUAAUUAGUAGGCAAUACAAGUAAUGAAUGAUGAGAAGUUUACUAAAUAAAUCAAUUUGGAAUUAGAAACUUUGGUCAGUUGUGACCAUACUAACAUUAUCAGAUGUUAUGGAGCUUUUCUAGAAGGAGCUUAAGUUGCUAUCGCUUUAGAAUUUAUGAAUUUAGGCACUUUACAAGAUGUAAUUAAGAAACAAGGAAAAAUUCCUGAAGGAAUGCUAGGAUUAAUAGCUUAUUAACUUCUUAAAGGUUUGGAUUAUUUACAUAGAACAAAGAAAAUCAUACAUCGAGAUAUCAAGCCUUCCAAUUUAUUGAUUAAUAGUUAAGGAGAAGUCAAAAUAUCUGAUUUUGGUGUUAGUGGUUAAUUAUUAAACACUUAAGAUCAAAGAAGUACUUGGGUUGGCACAAUUACUUAUAUGUCACCAGAAAGAUUUCUUUGUGAGCCCUACUCUUCUAAUACAGAUGUUUGGUCUUUGGGACUCUCUUUACUUGAAUGUGCAUGGGGAGUUUUUCCAUAUCCUCAUCCUGGAACUAACGAAACAACUCACUCUUUAGGAUUUUGGGAAAUCAAAGAAUACAUAGUUUAUAAAUCAGCUCCUCCUUCACCUCCUGAUUUUUCAUAAAUUGGGGCUGAUUUUAUAGCUAGAUGUUUAUAAAAGGAUCCAGGAUAGAGGAAUAGUGCUGCAGAAUUAUUGGUAUAAAAAUAUAAAUUAAUUCUAAGGAACAUCCUUUUAUAAAACAAUAUGAAGAUGUGAGUCUAUAAUAUUUAGAAGGUUGGCUUAACAUUAAUUAAUGA